AUGUCCGUCGGAAUCGUCGGAGCCAGCCGUACAGCGACCAACGUAUCCCACACCAAGAUCGAUACUUCGCCGGGUAGAAACCGCGGGUAUAGACCGAGAUCGCACGUUGAUAUCGGCCCUAGAGACUCGAUCGCGGGUGGAGACAGCCUACGCAGCGCAGAUCGAUUUCCCAAUCCAGAAAAGGGUCAUCCGCCUACACCACCGACAAACCCCGACGCCGAUCGAUACCGGAGCGGCGAUGCUGGGGGCGACGGGAUAAGUGAGAGCAUGCCGGACCAGGCUCCCGAUCGGACUGGCACAAAGGACAUCGAGUCGAAAAAGGAAAAUCUGAAUUGUCAAACCAGAACCAAGCCUGAAUACGGCGACGGCUACGGCGUAAACACCCAGAGCCACCCUACGGAGGGCGUCGAGCUACACGACCCACCAGCGGAAGAAGCAGCAUCGAUCCCCCGACACGAUACCGAGGACGAUGAUGAGAUAUACUACCACGAGAUGAUUGUUCGCAAGAGUAACGGCGUGGAUAUCAGGCUGUGCAUCGACUACAAGCUGGCAAACAGCCUCACGAGGUUGAUGGUCUAUCCUAUGCCUCUGAUCAGCGAUCUGCUAGAGAACAUCGACAAGGCGUUGUGGUAUUGCUCACUGGAUAUGGCCAGUGGUUUCUGGGUCGUGCCAAUGACGGAUCGGGCUCGCGAGAUCUCAGCAUUUAUCACUCCAUUCGGUCUAUUCGAGUGGGAUCACAUGCCCUUUGGACUAAACAGCGCGAAAUAUACAACGGACGUUUUCCAGACAGGAAUUGCUGACGAUCCUGAUCGCCACUCGGUGUUGGGACAAAAAUCAUAUAUCGACGACAUCAUGAUAGCCCCGGAAUCGUGGGAUCAAAUGUGCCAAAGGGUGGAAUACCUGCUUGAAGCAUUUGAUAAGUGGACGUUAUUGAUCAGUGUGAUAAAGAACUUCUGGAGCAUGAAUAAGGUAGGAUACCUGGGACACCGACUCCGAUUGAUCGAGGACUACGCUAUAUACGCCUCGGUGCUAUAUGAGCUACGCGAGGUGGAAUUUGCAGAACUGGAGAAACGAUCGGAUCUGAGGAAGAUCGUGCACCAGAAUGACCCGAUUGUACGGGAUAACGACCCGCCGGAACUCCAGCCCGCGGAACCAGUAGACGAGAGGUAG